CUUCGAAUAGGCAUCCCAAUAGGCACACAUAACCUCAAAUAAUUGUUUUGGUUUUCUAAGCUCUCAAAAUUUUUGUGAAAUUUUUAAUUUGAAAUUAUUAGAAGAUGUCUCUGAAAGCUUUUGUGAAUAAAUACAUUGUAACAAUUGUAAUGAUCCCAUCAAUUAUUGGAAUCCAUUACGGCUGGACAAAGGUGCAAAAUGUUGAGAGCCUGGUAAAAGAGCACGAGAAGCAAGAUCUGCCAAUUAUUAUCGCCGCCAGAAACUUAUACAACGAGUAUUUCAACAAGCCGGCUGAUCCGAAGAAAGGGGAGGAAAGAUGAACAGCUUCCGGAAGAAAUUAUAAUGCAUAAUUAAUAAGAAUUGUGAUAGCGAUUGGACAGAAAUAUAACAAUUUUAAU